AUGGACGAGCAACACGACAGGUUCCCCCUGCACGCUGCUGCGCGAGAGGGAAACGCUGCCAGAGCCGAAGCACUGCUCAAGGCCGAUCCGAAGCUGGCCGCCGCGACAGACGACGAUGGCCGCCGCCCCAUCCACUGGGCGGCUUCGUCCAACAACCUCGAAAUCGUGACGCUGCUGGCCAGCCAGAAGAACUUUGACCCCGACGUCCAGGACGAGGGCGGUUGGACGCCCCUCAUGAUCUCCGCCAGCGUGCCCGACAGCGAAGCCGUCUUGAGGCUUCUGAUCCAGAGCGCGGCAGAGAUCAACGAGAAGAAUUCCAGGGGACAAACAGCUCUGCACUUUGUCGCAUCCAAGAAGAACAUGGACACCGCGCGUCUCUUGCUGGGCGCUAGUCCUCCCGCGUCGGCCCGCGCCCGCGAUCACCGCGGACAGUAUCCCAUCCAUCGCGCCGCCGCAGCCGGGUCGCUCCCCAUGGUCAUGCUGCUCUUGAAGAACAGGAGCCCCCUGAGCGCUGCGGACAACGACGGCUACACCCCCCUGCACCACGCCGUUGCCGAGGGACACGGCGACGUCGCCAUCGCUCUGCUCAAAGAAGGCGCAGACUCCACGCUCAAGACCGCCGACGGCUUGGCGCCGCUGGAUCUCGCCCUGGAUAAAGAGGUCCGGUUGUUCAUCCUGCGUGGCGCGGAGCGUGAAGGAAUCGACCUGUCUUAG